UUUUAUUGGUUAGUGGUUAUAUCAUUUUGAAGAAAUGUAGAUUGAUAACAAAAUAUUCAAAAUAAUAAAUGUUUGUAAUGUUUGAUGUUCCCAACAUUUAAAAAAUAAAUAGUAACAAACUAACAACUGUUGAACUAGUAAUAAUUAUUCAAGGGAGAGAUUUAUAAGCAUGGCGACAAUUUCAGAAUUCAAACAAUUAUUUGACAAAUUUUUACGGGAAAAUAAAUGCCCUACUGGAGAAAUAGUGAAAAAAAAAUAUUAUUUUCCUGUUGAUCAAUUAAAGACAAUUUACACAUCUAUGCUUACAACUACCAAUAUACAAUGGUCACAAUUUCAACAAAUGUUAACAAAUUAUGUUGAAAAUUUGGAUUUUUGUUAUUACUCGUGGGAAUGUUUUUCAUUAAUUGUUCAACAUUUGAACACAGACAAAACAAAUGUAUACAUGUUUACAAAUCUUUUAGGAUUUAUUAAAAUUCCUACUGAAAAAAAUGAAGACGACAAAUUACUUUUUAAAAAUAACAAACGACCUCAAUUUAAAUAUAAUUCUGAACAAUUAAAAUCAUGGGUUACGAUAGUUUGGGAUGAUAUGAAACCCUUCAUGUUGUCAAAUAUUAAAAUUAGAAGAGAGAUGUUAACACUGUUGAUUGAAAAAAUGCAAAUGCACUUGAAUAAUCCGCUUGUAACUGCAGACUUCUUAAUGGAUUCAUUGGAUACUCCUGGUCCCAUUGCAAUAUUAGGACUUCAAGGCAUUUUUAUUUUGGUCAAGGAUUAUAAUUUAGAAUGUCCAAAUAUUUAUGGGAAACUUUACAACUUUUUUACUACAGAUAUGUUUAAUUAUCGGUAUAAAAUCAGAUUGUUUUAUUUGGCUGAUAUAUUUCUUCGUUCAACCCAUUUACCUGAGUUGCUUGUCGCUGCAUUUGUUAAACGCAUGGCUAGACUUUCGUUGAUUGCACCACCUACUGACAUACAAAUUAUGGCAGCAUUUAUAGGAAAUUUACUUAUUAGACAUCCGCCAUUAAAAGUAUUGAUCCAAAGUGAUUCCGUUGUUGGUUCAGAUCCUUAUAUUUUUGAAGAAAAAGAUCCACUAAAAUCAAAUGCAUUAAACAGCUCAUUAUGGGAACUUGUCUCUUUAAAACAACACAUUCUACCAAAAGUGGGAAAAUCUGUAAACUUUUUAUUUAAAAAGUUGCCGCAAGUUGAAUGGGACAUGAGUGAAUUAUUGGAUGACUCUUAUGAAAGUAUGAUUGAUGAAGAAUACAAGACAGACUUUCAAAAAGUGAGCUUAACAUAUGAAAAACCGGUUUCAUUUUCUGUACCACUAUCCAAUCAUAUGGACGAUUUAUGGACUUUAGAUGAUUAAAUUAAACUGUUAUUAUGUUAUUUUUUUUUUUUUUUGAUGUAUAUCAUUCAAUAUAUGUUGACUUUAUAUUUCACAAAACUGUACAAAUUGAGCCUCUAUUAUUAUUAUGGUGUUAUUCCAUCUAGUGAUACAAUAAGGAUUCUGAAAACAGAUUUUCACAAAGCCUGAUUCAGAACUUUAUCCGCCAAAUAGAUAAAUUUUGUCAGACACCAUUUUUUUUUAAGGAUUUGGAGCAAACAUUUGAUUAUGUUUAUAUCAAAACAUUAGACUUAACAACUUAUUUGUUUUCAAAAUCCUGAUAAAAAAUACUUACAUAGGGAUUAGGGAUAGGAGUAUGCUGUGCUAGUGCAUACAUCAUAAUGUGAAAUAAAAUUUAAUUUGAUUCAAGUAAAACUGUUCAUGCUUAUACGAUGCUAAUUGCUCAACUGUGAUAUUAUUAUCUUAAUUAUUCACAAUAAGAACAAUUAAUAUUACAUUUGACUUUUGUCAUAUCUAGAUGUUAAUUUUGUCAAAUUUCAAAAUAAAAAUACCUUGCAUAUUAAUGUUAAAU